UACUGAUAGUUUUCGUAAGCCUCCAUUUCCUUCCUUUUGAAACACAAUUGCCUCGGAAAUCUUGCACGUCAUGUCCGGUUCAAGUGAAGUGUUGUAUGAAAAGAUGUCAUCAAUUAGAGAUAGAUUUAUGGAGUCUUUAAUCUAAUUCAGACAGAAAAAAAAUCUUAAAACAAUUAUUGUGCCGACGAUUCAAAUUUGGUUAUAGUUAGAAAAAAAAAAGGAAAUUUGCAUUAGAAUUUUUAUAUUAUGUGUAGUGUUAUGAAAAAAAUAUACAAGGAAUUGUUUUAUUCUGUAGCCAAAUUUUGCAGGUGAAGAUAAUAACAGCAACCUAUAUACUUCACCGAAAGUAAAGCGCCUCAUGAUAAUGACACCAACCUAUAUACUUCACCGAAAGUAAAGCGCCUCAUGAUAAUGACACCAACCUAUAUACUUCACCGAAAGUAAAGCGCCUCAUGAUAAUGACACCAACCUAUAUACUUCACCGAAAGUAAAGCGCCUCAUGAUAAUUACAGUUUCCACUUUCGUCUUCAUCGAAUUAAAUAUGGACAAAGGCAUUAAAUUAAGUAUUACAUAUUUUAUGUACUAAGAUCUACACCAUUUCUACAACUUUUUAUAAAGCAGUAAACUAACCACAAAAUUACUUCACAUUACCACACCCCAUAAGCGUAAAAGUAGAAUACCCUAAUAAUCAUGAUUGGUAAUAUCUCGAAAAACUACACACCAGAGGAGAUCAAAGAAUAUCUGUCAGUUCUACAACAUGAGUCUACUCUAGCUUUUAUACCAGCUCUGAUCUACCUGUCUCUGCUGAUUGUUGUGGGCAGUAUAGGUAAUUGUUUUGUUCUAGGUGUCUACUGGACAAAGAUGCCCAGAACACCGCUGAGACUUUACAUCAUAGUUAUGGCCAUUUAUGAUCUGCCCACAAAUCUUCUAGUAAUCCCAGGAGAUAUUUAUGAUACAUUUUAUGUGUGGGACUUUGAUAUGCCAGUGGUCUGCAAACUUAGACGAUAUUUCAACGCUGUAUGUGUAAUGUCGUCCAUCUUUGUUUUGGUUGCCAUAGCUACUACCAGACAAGUUACGAUCACUCAGGCUAAAGUUUCAAGUAUUGUGAUGCUUGUUGUCGGCCUUGUUUUAUCCAUCCCUUAUAGCGUCAUCCAUGGAAGCCAAACCAUUUUAACACCAGUUCCUGGCAUCUAUGGUCACUUCUGUCAGGUAGAUGAUUUCUACGUCACAACAAAAUGGCCGCUAUUAAACUCCGCAUUUUUUAUUCUCAUUUUCAUCACGUGCUGCUCAUCCAUGAUUGUUUUCUACAUAUGCAUUGGAUACAAAACAUGGAAACACAGACAGAUUAGGAAGGAACUCAAAAUUGUUGGCAAGACUUCUAGAUUUGAAGAAAGUGACUCUGUGUUAGACAGUAGCUCUGCAAUUGGAAGUACAGAUGGUCAAAUCCAAUCGACUAAUUUAGGAUCGCUGCAAUACAGGCAACAGAUGGCCUCAAAGAGAUUGAGAAAGAAAGGCGUGUAUAACAUCGAGCUCUACUACUGCAACAACAGGAAGGAAGUGAAGGACUUUGGGAUCGAAAAGAAGAACUCACUGUUUAAAAAACCUACAAAGAAAGUAUCAUUAGUAGAAGAAACAAAUUUAAAUAGAACUACGAAGCGAAGAAGCAUAUUUGGAAGGACUUCCUGGAUGAUGAUCACUGUCAGUCUGGUGUUCAUUAUUGCACUUAUUCCGUUUCUAGGAUUAAACUUUUACAAAACAGCUGCUCCAGAAAGUUAUGCAUCUCUGAAAGGAAUUUCACUGGCGUUGUAUCAGCUAUUUAGUAGAUCCUAUCUGCUCAAUAGCGCUGUCAAUCCAAUAGUUUACAGUUUAUUGGAUAGAAAGUUUAGAAAAGAAUGUUUCAAAUUACUGACUUGCUACACUAAAUAAAUAGGUAAAUCACCUUCACCAUUACCUGUUCCUUAGUCUGUUGGACCGCCUGGACACCCUAUAUGAUUUGUCAACCGAUUCUCCCCCAUUCCUCUGUCUUUUGCUAAGAACAGGGAGGUCCGUAUCUUUAUGUUUUUCAACAAUUAGCGCCCUAAGGUGCACACUGGGGGCCUGAAAGGGUAAUGAUGAAUAUAAUAUUACUGCGAAUACUGAUUAUAUCCACAAAUAAGUGCAACUGUAAGAAUCAUGUUUUUCUUUAUUGUUAGCGAAUAAAAUCAUGUCAGAGUUUUACCAUCCUAACAUCUGCUGUACUUUACUUUGUAAUAUCAAUGCUAAGUUUGGCAAUCUAAACAUCAAUAUAUAAAUAAACCAAGGAAAACAUUAAAGACUGUUAGUAAGAUGAUUGGUAACAUAAAAAAACAUCUGGACACCAAUUAACAAAAUAAUUUAAUGUGUUACUCACUUAGAAGAUUCAAGUUACCCAGAUUAAACAAAAGAUACAGGCUACCAAGACUAAACAAAAGAUUUCAGACAUAAGGACAGCUAUAAAUGUCUGGCACUAAAAGCUAAUUGCGGGAUGUAAACUUCUCAUGUAAUUUUAUGUGAAACUUUUUCGGAAAUAUACGUUUUGUUCACGCACACACACACAUAGAAUCUUAUAUCUAUAUCUAUAUCUAUAUAUAUAUAUAUAUAAAUGAGUGAGUGUGUUUGUAACAGAAGACAAAAUAUUAUGAUACUUUGUCUUCUUUGUUUUUUAAAUUACAUUUUUAUAAAGCAUAUUUCUUGUUAAAGCAUGCUAAGUUCUCUAGGGUCCUAUCUAUUUCCUCACCCGUGGGGUAUCUGGGAGAAAGUUUCCCUGCUGCCACACAUACCAUCCCUCCGCUUUCUUAUCUGAAGACCUGAUCACUGUGAACCUAUUUUGUAGAUGAAGUGAGCCUAAAUGUUGUGAGACGGAUAGACGGACAGUCAGACAGCAGAAAACCAUAUUGCAUAAAAUCUGUGGCAUUUUACGUCUCGAGAGACGAUCUUUUCCCUUUGCAACUUGUGUGACUAAAGAGGCCAAUCCUUGAUACGCAGCUGCGAUCGCAGGUUGGGCAUUGCAUAAAAUAUAGAACAAUAAAAACAAUACAAGAUACUGAAAUUUGACAAAGAGAAUUAGAUGAAUUACUGAAAUGGGAAUCAAAUUGGAGCAUGUCUUUCCACCCUAAAAUGUCAGUUAUUAAGAGUAACAAAAAAAAAACUAGAACUAAUUAAUUCCACUUAUCUUAUUCGUGGUAAACCAGUAACACAGACUAAAAACGCAAAAUACCAAGGUGUUAUAAUAAAUGAAAAACUGUCAGGGAAUGACACUAUAUUGAUGAAACUAUAAAAAAAUCAAACAAAGCAUUAGGGUUUAUUAAAAGAAAUUUUUCUAAAUCAAAUAAGAACAUAAAACUAAAAUGUUAUUUAACCUUGGUUAGGCCAAUAAUAGAAUAUGCAUCCUCAAUUUGGGACCCCUCAACUCAAGAAAACAUUAAGAAACUGGAACAGACACAAAAUAGAGCAGUGAGAUUCAUAACAAACGAAUUUCACAUUUGACUAGAGUAACACAUUUAGUAAAGUCACUAUAUUUAGAAAGCCUUCAGGAUAGAAGACUUAAAAGUAAAGUAGUAAUUAUGCACAAAACACUGAACCAUAAUCUUCAAAUACAAAAACAAAAUUUAAUAAAAUACUCUGAAAGAAACAAAGAUAGAGGCACAUUCCUCAUCCCAUAUGCUAGGACAAAUUUGUACAAAUACUCCUUCUUCACUAGUGCUAUUAGAGCAUGGAAUGGGUUGCCUGAGCUAGCAGGAAAACCAGUGACUUGGCAGAAUUUAGGUCGUUGGUUAAUAUGCAUGACUAAAUGCAUGACGAGUAGGACGUAAUCAUCUUCUUUUUUUGAAGUAACGUCUGUAUUAUAUAAGAUAAGAAGAUAAACAGUAGCGGAAUUUACUGUCGCAGAUAAUCUUUAAAAAUAAAAGAUUCUUGGUAAUUUAUGUUGUUCUCAUAAUUAAUUAUUUAAAUGAUAAAACUACAUGUGUAUUAUAUGUAUUUGAAUAUGCUAGAACUACAUGUGUAUUAUACGUAUUUGAAUAUGUUAGAACUACAUGUGUAUUAUAUGUAUUUGAAUAUGUUAGAACUACAUGUGUACUAUAUGUAUUUGAAUAUGUUAGAACUACAUGUGUAUUAUAUGUAUUUGAAUAUGUUAGAACUACAUGUGUACUAUAUGUAUUUGAAUAUGCUAGAACUACAUGUGUAUUAUACGUAUUUGAAUAUGUUAGAACUACAUGUGUAUUAUAUGUAUUUGAAUAUGUUAGAACUACAUGUGUAUUAUAUGUAUUUGAAUAUGUUAGAACUGUUUCUUGUUGCUUACAUUCUGCGAUUUUCCACAAAGCUUAUUUCAACCUUCAAGUUGAAAUUUGUUAUGUCUAUUAAUUAUUUUUUUUUAAAGAAAAAAAGGAAAGAAAUCUUACUGUAUUGAAAUGUAUGACUGUAAAUGCAUUUUUUAUAUUUUCCUAGCCAUCAUUUGUAAUCUUGAGACUAUGUUACAGCGGUCCUGUAGUAUUUCUUUUUACAAGUAUUACCUUUUAUUGACCAUG